AGGAAAUUUAACCACUUUGGAAUAUGUUACUACGAGCGAAAUGGGAUUCUUCAACCCUAGCAAUAUUAUCUCAAGGGGAAUCAAAGUUGUCAGCCCCUAUUUCAUUUACAUGGACUACAGUUAGGAAAAAGGCUGUCGAUGCCCCUGACAAAUAUUUUUUGUCAGUUAAAAUUUUUAGUUGAUCGCAGAAGUUCAUUAGAAUUGCGGAGAGUGAUUAAAAGGGUUGAUACCGAAAUUUGAACAAUGUUUUGCGAAAGAAAGCUCAUCUCUUACACAGCUGAAUCAGUGGCAAUUUCUUCUCAAAUUGUUGCGCGUUUGUACAAGAAUACCUUUCCUGUCAAGCAAGUUAUUACCAAGAGCACUAGCAUCAUGAAAAGAAACAUUUUGAAAUUCAUAGACGAAAGAAUUAGUUGUAGUAGAAAUAUCUUUCAAAAAGAGUCGUAUAAUUGAAUUUUUUUCAAGGUUCAGCACUUUGUAACAUAGAAACGUCGCUCCAUAAUUUUGAUUUGCAACGCGAAACAAGCUUAACAAUGCAGCUUAUUGAAGUCCACUUAUUAAUCGACAGGAAAAAAAAUAUAUCCAAGAUGAUUGAUUUCCAAGGAAGAUCCGGGUUGUCCUAUACAGGAAAAAUUACAGGAAAACUAUCUUGAAAAAAAUCCUUUGUAGUUUACGACCGAGAAAAAACAUCAUAUGUUUUAUUCCUUUUAGUCUAAUCUUAGAAUUUUGCUCCAGUAUAAGACACAAACUACAUGCAUUCAGCGAUGCAAUUUGCAAAACAACAUCUGUUACAUUUUUUUUAAGUCUCUGCGCAGAGCUAGCUGUUAGUACAUUUCAUCAUAACGUUAAAUUAGAACAAACAGGAUCUGCCGAUAAAUAGGAACUCGAGAGCAGCGUUGUGGAAACUUAUUUUUGAUUCUCUUUUUCUUGGAAAUUCACUUAGAAACAAUCAACGCCUCUUUGAUUUUUAGCAAUAGUUUCAUAUUCCACUAAAGUUUGAAACAGUUUUUAGGAAAGUAAUAGAAAGGUGAAGUAGGUUCUGCAGAAUGCAAAUCAGUGGUAAAAAAGUCACAAAUUAGACCAAGAUAUCUCAGAGAAGCAACUCCUGUGGCCAAUGAAGUCAUGAAUCGCAUAAUGUCUCACUAGCAUUCGCGAAGCAACUUAAUUAGGUACUUUAAAUGAGCAAAUCAACCUUAAAUUGAAAGAAAUGGCAAAAGUGUUUGCAUACAGCUACUGAUCUUCCGAUUUUUGAUCUGGCUUCCCAAAUCAACAAACAUGGAUGUGAUCUGUGGCUCUACCUGCACAUCUACUUCAAACGCUGCACCUGCGAAAGUCGAGGCUACAGUGAUUCAAUUUUAUCUGAAUGAAAAGGUCACCCGUACAAUUGUGCCACGUUCAAUCUCUGGGGAAAGACUUGACAGCAAGCUGCCCAAAACAGAGUAUCAUACUUUACAAAAUAGUGAAUCUAAACAAGGAGUAAUACGAUUUGAAAGUUUUACUGCAAAAUUCUGCAAAGAGUUAGCAAAGGAAAACGUCGGGUAGACAGAAUUUCUUUGUUUUUGUUCUUCAACAAGACGGUUAAACUGAGAGAGACUUCACGCAUGAAGGAACAAGCAACUCUUCCGUGACUUAACCAACGAUGUUCUGUUGUGCUCCGCCGAGUGUUCGAAAAUUUUUCUGGCUGCAUCAUGAUCAUGAGGGAUACCAAAAACUUGGAGACCAAACGCAACUCUGCAUAGUCUACGACUACGAUCUAUUUCGCAAAAGUAAAACGUAUCUACCGAAACUGCGGGAACACAAAAUACAAGAAGAGCCAAAUUUCGUUAUUGACGAUCCUUCGAGCAUAUUCUUUGAUCCUGAUGAAAAAGCAGGAUUUGUCUACGGUUCACACGGAGAUAGUGAUGAUGACCUCGAACUGGAAGAAACAAACGAGGCUGAGAGGAUUGACGCUAUUAUACAGCAAAGCGGUAACAUUAGCCACGAUACCUCACUGGAACUUGACGAUAGCCUCGAUCACAUUCCUCAAACAUCAACGUCUUCUGCUAUGAAAGAUGCCUCGUUUGAUCAAGAAUACGGUGUACAGUCAAGACGGGAGUCAUCGGAGCCAGAACUGGCUUAUUCUUGUGAUGAGGCAGAUUAUCAUCGUUACGGAAAUAAUACACCAGUCAAUUUAAUGCUCUCUUCUGACAAAAGUAACCUGAAUACAGAACUAGGUAGUAUGAGGUUGUAUGAAGAUUCAGGUUAUGGAUCUGGAGGGCAACGUCAGAGGAAAGACUACAACUCGGACGCAGAAAGUACAAAUAAAUAUCAAGAUUCUGGAAUAUAUGAAGACGAUGUUUUCUUAGAUUCACCAAAACAUAAUUCGGGAAAUAAGACAGAAAGCGAGAGUUUUAUACACGACGUUGAAUUUGAAAUGGACGAUUUUCUUCCUGAACACUCCGAGCGCAACACUGCAUUCAAAACACCCAGCAGCUCACCUCUCAAAUUAGAACCAACAGUUCCCUUGUCGAGAAUAAACGGAAGACAACAAAAACCUAAAGGGCGUCUAAGUCGCUUUCUGCAACAAGAACGAGAGGAUGUUCCAAUACUCUCAGGCUGUGACGGCUAUUACAACUGUGACAAAGGAAGAGACACGAAUCAAUCUACAUUUUUCAAUGAUCGAACAACAAAACCGGUUGUGCGCAGAUCCUCUGGAAAAUACAGUCAUGUGCAAGCAAAGGUUCAAACAAGGCGGACAUCUUCUAUAUCGCCACGGAGACCUUCAUCACCAUCGGGAAGGUCAUCGUCCCAGGGAAAGAGGACCACUACCAGUUCAACAAACGGGCGAUCAAAAUCGACGGAACCCAGUUACAAACCGAUGUACUUUGGUCGUCCAAAGAUUGAGAAUAUAAAGACAGAGUUUCGGAAAACUGCCAAACCAAAAGUCGGCUCUAUGGAGAACGUUGGUCAUACCCCAGGAGGAGGGCAGUCUAAAGUGUUCCAGCAAAAGUUGAGCUUCCGUAAAAAUGCCGAGUCAAAAACAGACACACACGGUGUUGAAAUGUACAGUCACUUGCCUAAAGAAUUCCAAGAAAUAGCGCGAAGACUUUCCCGCCAAGAUCAUCAUUUGAAGGCGAAUGGCAAACAAGGUCCGCGUGGUCGAACGAGCAGCAGAAGUAGCUCCGCGGUAGGAUCCAGUAGAACAUCGAGUGUCAGUCCAACAAGGGGGCGUAGCAAAGUCAGAAACCGACCUCCAACACCAAGUCUUCCUUUACAGAAGACUACUCUUCGGCCAACCAGCCCGAGUCGACAGACAACCCUGAGUCGAUCACCAAGCAUUCGAUCAAUCCCCACAACCCCAGUUUUGCACUACAAACAUCCAGCAACUUCAUCAAUACUGUAUGACAAAAAAUGCAGAUCACGGAAUGGUUCACCUUGCUCUUCCAGAGCUCAAAGUCCUACAAACUUGCGAUCAAAUUGCAGUUCACGUGCCAGUAGCCCUACUGGUACCAGAUCGAGGUCAAAAUCAAGGUCACGACCUGGAACGCCGAAAAAUGGCGAAUCGCAGCCGACCACGCCCAUCCGACAAUUGUAUCAGUUCACACAGGCGAAUACAUUUAUUCCUGGAUCUCCAAAGUCUGCAGGACCCCAACCAGUGUUUCACUUUGUUCCAGUGAGGUGACCUCCAGAUAGCAACACUUUAUUUCAAAUGGAGGAAAUAUCAAGGAUUCAAAGGCGAGUGUAACAUCGUGGAUUAUAGAAACACAGAUCGGUUCUGCACUGCUCUUUUCUUGAAUUCAAGACGUAUAAAAAAGUUAGAAUAAUAGUGAACGUUUCAAGAGACUAAUCACUAUUUUUAGCGAAUACAAAUUUAAAUGGGACCAAAGAAAUAUAUUGUAACUAUAAGCAUAAAAUUUUAAAUGAUGUUUACUUUGGAUUUGUUAGAGAUUUUUUGCGAGCGGUUGAACUUGUAUUUUUACAUAGUAACAUAUAUCAUUGCAAACAGAAGUGUUUGUCACUAGUGAUUUCUAUCACUAUUCCUCGUAUACAGCAUUUCAAGAGAGCAUGAACAUUUCAAAGCAUACAGAGCCACAAGGACAGCGACUUCUCGAAACCGAAACUUCAAAGACAGCAAAAACGUGACUUUGUCAGGUGCUAGGAAACGAGUGAGAGCAGGUGGGGGGGGGGGGGCUGGUUAAAUCCAUUGUCAUAAGAAAUCUCUUAAACAUCUUGAAGAAAA